AUGGGGUUUGAACUGGAUCGCUUCAUCGAGGAGGUGGACCCCGAACUGAAGUGCAACCUGUGCAACAAGGUGCUGGAAGACCCCCUGACCACCCCGUGCGGGCACGUCUUCUGUGCCAGCUGCGUCCUGCCCUGGGUGGUGCAGCAGGGCAUGUGCCCUGUCCAGUGCCAGAGGAUGUCCACCAAGGAGCUCAACCACGUCCUGGCUCUCAGGAACCUCAUCUCCAAGCUGGACAUCAAGUGCGACCACCGCUCCCGGGGCUGCGGCAAGGUGGUGACCCUGCAGAAGCUGGCCGAGCAUGUGGAGAUGUGUGACUACAGCCCGGCCAGGUGCAGACACCAGGGCUGCCAGGAGGUGCUGAACCUGGGGGACAUGGACGUCCACAUGCGGGAGAGCUGCGAGUGCCGGCCGGCGGGGAUCUGCGGGCAAGGCUGCGGGCUGGUGCUGCAGCACCGGGAGCUGGUGGGGCAGGGCGAUAAGCACUGCUGCCUGGCGGCCCUCCGGGCCCGGGUCACCUCCCUCCAGCUGCGGGCGGGCAGCCUGGCUCAGGAGCUGAAGAAGCAGGCGGUCCGGGCCGGCAAGAGGGAGCAGGCGCUGCUGGCCCAGGUCUCGGCGCUGCAGAGCGAGGUCCAGCUCACCGCACUGAAAUACCAGAAAAAGUUCAACGAGUACAUGGUCCACAUCAGCAACAUCAGCAAAAACCUCGCCGGAUACUGCAAGGGUGGAGAAACAAAACUGCUAACCAUAGUUUUACAUCGAGAAAAUGACACGCUUGGAUUUAACAUUAUUGGCGGAAGACCCAGCCCAGACAGUGAGGAAGAUUCUUCGAGCGAAGGAAUUUAUGUUUCCAAAGUUAUGGAGAAAGGGCCCGCUGACAGAGCAGAUGGACUUCAAGUUCACGACAGGAUCAUUGAGGUCAAUGGGAAGGAUCUAUCGAAAGCCACACAUGAAGAGGCAGUGGAAGCUUUCCGAAAUGCCAGGGACCCAAUUGUUGUGCAAGUUCUGCGGAGAACUCCCAUCACAAAGAAUCAUGGCAGCUCCCAGGAGGUUCCGCUUGUGGAUGCUACCACACAGACAGAAAUUACUUUUGAACACAUCAUGGCUCUUUCCAAAUUGAGGUCGUCUUCACCUCCAGUACCUGAUAUCUGCCCAUAUUUGUUAUCAGACAGCUGUCAAUCUCUCCAUCCCAUGGCCCAUGACUACUAUGAAGCCAGUGAUUACCUUCCCAACUUGGCACACGAUGCGGACCGAGCUGAUGAGCUGGAAUAUGAGGAGGUUGAACUGUGCCGCAUCAGCAGCCAGGAGAAGCUGGGCCUGACUGUCUGCUACAGAACAGAUGAUGAUGAGGAUGAUAGCGGGAUCUAUGUCAGCGAGGUUGACCCGAAUAGCAUUGCCGCCAAAGAUGGGCGUAUCAGAGAGGGGGAUCGGAUCGUUCAGAUAAAUGGCAAGGAUGUCCAAGACCGGGAGGAAGCAGUGGCGUUACUCUCCAGUGAGGAAAGCAGGAAUAUUUUGCUGUUGGUUGCCAGACCAGAGAUCCAGUUGGAUGAGGGAUGGCUUGAUGAUGACCGGAAUGAUUUUCUUGAUGAGCUACAUAUGGAUAUGUUGGAAGAACAACACAAUCAGGCAAUGCAGUUCACUGCUACUGGCCUUGAGCAGAAAAAGCAUGAAGAAGAUGGUGGAACUACAGACACUGCAACCACCUCUUCGAAUAACCAUGAGAAGGACAGUGGUCUAGGCCGCACGGACGAGAGUGUGAGGAAUGAUGAGAGUUCAGAGCAGGAGAUACUGGGAGAGGAGCAGAACAGCACCUCACUGCAAAGUCAGCGGGAUCUGGGCUACAGCCAGGACACGCUGGGCAGCAGCGAGCUCCAGUGCAACGAGAGCUUUGUAUCUGGGGAAUAUAAUGACUCGGAUUUUGUGGGCACUCAGGAUGAAGAAUGUGAGAGGUUCAAGGAGCUUCUGGAGCUGAAGUGCAAGAUGAGCAAUCGAAGCCAGUUUGACCUUUACUAUUCCACAAGUACAAUAGAAUGUGGCAGGAGGCAACAAGAUGUGGUAGAUCGGGAGCUGGAGAUGCUCAAUGAGGAACUGAGGAACAUUGAACUGGAGUGCCAGAAUAUCAUGCAGGCACACCAACUGCAAACAGUGAGGGAGGAAUAUGGAGAUGUGUGGUCAAUCCAUGGCAGUGGGUUCAGGAACUACAACACCAGCAUAGACGCACCAAGGGGAAAGCUGGCUGACAUCAUGGAGCACCCUGAAAAGUCGGACAAAGAUAGCUCCAGUGCCUACAACACAGCAGAGAGCUGCCGCAGCACACCCUUGACUGUAGACAGGUCGCCAGAUAAUUCGCUCCAAAGAAUCGUCAGCAUCACCAACAAGAAGAACCUGAGAACCUCUAUGGAAGCUGUUCAGGCUUCAUCCAGGCAGAACAGCAGAGAGGCCAGCCCCGCUGCGAGCAGCUCCUCAGAGACCCCGGAAACAGCCGUGCCCGGAGAAGACACGGAGAACGUGACAGAAGGUAGCAAGUCCGGAGACCAGGAGAAAGGCAGCAGCCAGCACAUCCCUUAUCUGUCACCGUACCAUAGCUCUCCCUACAGGCAUGUCAACAUACCUGCCCACGCGAGACACUACCAGAGCUACAUGCAGCUCAUCCAACAGAAGUCUGCGGUGGAGUAUGCCAAUAGUCAGCUCAGCCUAGUGAGCAUGUGCAAAGACUCUCAGAAAGCCACGGCUGAGUCCAAGAUGGAGUGGAAGGUGAAGAUUCGCAGUGACGGGACUCGGUACAUCACAAAGCGGCCCGUGCGAGACCGCCUGCUUAAGGAACGUGCCUUAAAGAUCAAGGAGGAGCGCUGCGGCAUGACCACGGACGAUGACGCCAUGAGCGAGAUGAAGACUGGCCGCUACUGGAGCAAGGAAGAGCGAAAGCAGCACGUGGUGCGGGCCAAAGAGCAGCGGAGACGGAGAGAGUUCAUGAUGCGCAGUCGGUUGGAGUGCCUCAGGGAGAACCCCCAGAGCGGCAGUGAAGGGAAAAAGGAAGUCAACAUUAUCGAACUGAGUCACAGAAAAAUGAUGAGAAAGCGCAACAAGAAAAUCUUUGACAACUGGAUGACAAUCCAAGAACUAAUGACACAUGGUGCCAAGUCUCCAGAUGGCACAAGAAUCUACAAUUCCUUCCUGUCGGUUACUACUGUGUGAAAGGGACUCUUUUUAUAAGGACACUACCGAUUUGAGGUAGAAUACAAUUGCCUCGUUAAAUGUGGCAUGUCACUUUUUUCUAUCUGAGAACUGCUUCUAAUCUAAUUAUGGUUUUUACAAGCAGUUACCGAUCACUUUUACAAAAUGUAUUACAAUUUGUGGUACCUUUGUCUGUAGGUUACAGCUUCCCAUCACCUGAACCAUGAUCUUCAAUCCUGUUAUUUGUAAAAAAAAAAGGAGCCAUAUUUCAUAUGAUACUAUGCCUAUGUAACUUAAGAAUCUGACUUUAUUACAAGUCCAUUAAUCAUUACACAGGUUUCUUUUGUAAUGUAUGUUUAUGUUAUUAAAACUAUAAUUAUAAUGCCAAACCCCAAUAGCUUUGCAUACUUGUCCACAUGCAUUGCGGUGCUAGCUUUUACAUAACUUUACUUUCUCUGCUGCCAAGUGGAGCAUAAACUAUUAACAUCCAAGCUUUUAACUUUCACAUUUGUUCAGCCAUGUAUUGUAUAAUUAGACUGUAAAUUAAAAGUGUAUUGUCCAAGUAAAGUGUAGGUGGAUGAGUGACUCGUACUCUAGUGGAUUCGAUGCUGUAGUCAGAUAAAUAUGUGGUUAUUGUGAAGAUGAAAAAAAAUAAAUUAUUGCUUAUAUUUGAAGAAA